AUGUCGAAUUCGUCUAUGCCUCUAUACAAAAAAUGUAUAAAUUUCUUUCUUAGAGCGUUGAGCUUUUUUGUGCUAGUGUCUUAUAUUCUCACAUCACUAGCUGAUCUCGUUGUCAAUCAUCAUGAUAUAACUAUUAUUGUGGAUGACACUUGUUUUAUAGCUGGAGCAGGAUCCGCGUUCUUUAAAAUAUGCAUUGUUAUAUUCCGUUGUCAGACAAUUGACAAACUAAUCAAUGAUAUUCAUAAUCCAAUCGAUAUACUCCAACAAUCUAAUGAUAAAGGAGCAAUAAAAAUAAUAAAAAAAUGUAUAUUUUUCGAAACACUCGACUAUUAUUUAUGGUCGAAUGCAACAUUUGUCCUCGGAUUCGCCACAAUAUUUUUGGUAACGUCUCAAAAAGGUGAAUUGCCAAGCCGAGCAAUAUUCCCGUUUGACAUAACGAAACCUUCAUUCUACGCGAUAGCACUUUCUAUUCAAUUUUACACCGUAAUUUAUGGACUAAUUAGCCUGAUGAUGAUUGAAAUAACCUUGUGGGGCUUAUUGAGAUGGACGACAGUUCAAAUCGAAGUUUUGUCUUACAAUUAUAAAAACUGCAAUCGAUAUUUAUCGAUACAAAAGUCAUAUUCACCUGAAACUAAACUUGCCGUGAAGAAAUCUCCAGUUUAUGACCCAGAAGAUGAAGAAAUGGAAAUAAAACAAUUCUUAUUGUUUGACGAUGAUAAACAUGAUGCAGUUGAGAUCAAUUGUUUUCAAUGGAGAAUACGAUACUGCAUAAAACAUCAUCAGAGAAUUGUUGAUAUCAUCAAUAGACUCAAUGAUACUUUGAGUUCUUGUUUGAUGGCCCAGUUUGCUGUUAGUACUUUGAUUUUCUGUCUGAAUGGUUUUCUUGCAGUCACAUUUCCUCAUGAUAAAAAAAGAUUGAUGAGGUCGAUUUUUUUCCUUCUAGUAGGGUUUAUCCAAAUUUUUUACUGGUGUCGCUUCGGUAAUGAACUCAAAUUUCAGGCUGAUUAUUUGACGACAAGCCAGUGGAUGUCUGGCUGGGAAAAUAAUUUCAAUAGCGAACUAAGAAAUUACAUUACUGUGGCCAUGAUUAGAACAAUGAAACCUGUUGAAAUAAAAGCCGGAGGUCUCUUCGUUCUCUCAAUGGAAACAUUUCUAUCGAUUUUAAAAAACUCGUACUCAGUUUUUGUGCUUCUAACUACUGUUGAGGAA